UAUAAACACCGUUCAACACCCGUUCAAGCUCGUGAAGAAAUUGUGAUAAUUUUGUGUAAAAUUUUACUCCAAGAAUGUUUACCUUUUAACCAUUGGUAAUACAAUUUACGUGCGAGGUUCUUGUGUUAGGUUUUUGGAAAUUUGAGACAACAUAACCUCAAAAUGAGCUCAAUUGAAGAACGUCUACAAAUAAAGCGUGAGCCACUUGACAAGUGGUCAAUCCGUGAGCAGCUUGCUCUAGCUGUGGCACGUAAUAUGGAUCAAAAUUUAACAAGCGUGAGUCGUGCUCUAAAACCAUUUGGGGAACCCAACAGACCCCCUGAUUGGUUUCACCAGAAGAAUUGUGCAGCCCAGUAUGGAGCUCUUUUGGCGAAUGUUGAGACACCUAAGAGAAAGAAAAGAACGUCUGGGGGUGAAGUCACUAUUGAAACCCCUGCUGAAGUCAUUUUACGCAAACUUUUGGCGGAGAGAAAAGCUGAGUUGAAAAGACUACUAGCGGAAGAAAAGGCAGAGUACCAGAAGUUGCAAAGAGAUAAAGCCUUGCUUCAAUCAGGUAACGUUAGUGAAGAGCAAUUAGAUAUAUGGUGUAAGGAAAUAGAUGAAGAGGAACAAAGAAAAGAACAGGAAACCAUUGCCCACGAACAAUGGUUAAAGGAGAGGGAAUUGCGAAAACAGGAAAUUGAAAGAGCGUGGAGACCGGUUAAGCCACCUCCAGUGAUUGGUCAAAAACGUAAAAAUUCAGAAGCUAUGGAUACCAUCUCAGAAACGGAAAAUACAACAGAUGAACAAAAAAUUAUAGUACAAGACCCCCCUAAACCUGCCCUAUCGCCACUUUUGACGAGUCUUCUGAAAUCACCUUCUCAAGUUCCAAAUGUCACAACUUCCUCAAUACUGCAUUCAGCGAUAACCAACCAACGGCCCACCAACACAACUACAAACACUAGUCCUAUGAUUGCCAGUCUGUUAAAUUCUUCAACUGGCGAAACAGUUUCUCCAGGAUUGCAACUUUUGGUUAGUACAGCUAUUGGUCAAGAACCAACCGGAGAAGAAGCCCCCCCACAACAGAAUGUCAAUACUAACGAUAUUCUCGAUGAUGCGAAUUUACAAAUUUUGAAAAUUGAUGACUUGGCGAGCAGUAUUCUGAUUCAGAAUGGCCCACUUCCAGAAAUAAAGAACGACGUUGAUGUUAUUAUUUCUGAUUUAAUUGAAAAUGCGCAGGAUAUAGUAGCCGAUCCUGAACAACACCUACAGUUGGACGGAAACGGCGAUAUUAAUCUAAAUUUGGAAUUGGAAGAUUUUGAAGAGAGUGAAACUGACAUGAAGGAAGAAACAAAAGAAACUGAAAAGCGACCAGAAACAACAGCACCAACAAUAGAUCCGUUUGAAUUCCAAGAAGAUCCGGAAGUUUUUGAACCAACUAAGCCGACAACAGCCACGAAAACAGAUGCUUCUAAAACUGUUGUUCCACAGAAUAACGAAGAUCGGUCACAACUUACUGAAGAGGUUCCAAAUACAGAAAGUAAACAGUUAACUUCAACAACUGAAGAAGAAUCGACUAAUGAAAUAGUAGAAGUAAAAAACGAACCAACUGAUGAUACCGAUAAAAAAGAAAAAAACGCGACUGCUGGUUCCGUCGAAAUUGUAGAAGUUGUAGUAAUGGAUGAUGAAGAUAUCGAUAAAGAUCUCAAUAAAACUCAAAUUGAAGAUAUAGUUCAUUCAGUUAAAGUAGAACCAAAGGAAGAAAUAGAAGCAGAAAAGGCAGAGGUUUCGGAAAUAAAAUCAGAAACAGAAGACACUUUGAAAUUAUCUGAAAAGGAUAAACAAUUAUCUAGUGAAGAGACAGAAAAGAAAUUAGAACCUGAAACGAAUUUAGACGUGCCCAAAUCCACUGAGUCCACAACAUUGACUCCCGACUUUAACGAGGAAUUAUACGACGAUAUAAAUAUGGAAGUAAAAGUAGACAAAACUGGUAAAGCAAAGCGUGAUUAUUCCAGGACGAAAAAGAAAGACGAUAAAGAAUUUGAUGUUCUCUUGGCUAUUGAAAAAGCACAAAGAGACGAAAGUGAAUUGGUUGAAGAAAGUUUUUCUGAUCGGGAUUUCAGUGAACUGGAUCGUAAAGACAGCAAAUCGCGAAUUAAAAGUGAGAAUGAAAGAUCCAAUAGUCCAUGGACGGAGGAAGAAGACGUGUCUACAAUACGUACAAGGAGACGCCUUUCAACUCCCGCGACUCCUAUUGAUUCCGUUCCAGGUUCACCGGUUUCUAGCAUAUACUUUUAUGAUGAUGAUCGGGAGUAUCGGAAUUGGAAGAAAUCUAUAAUGCUUGUGUAUAGCAGAUUAGCUGCAAACAAGUACGCAUCGCUGUUUUCUAAACCAAUUACGGAUGAUCAAGCUCCAGGGUACCACAGUGUGGUGUAUAGACCGAUGGAUUUGUUGACAAUUAGAAAGAAUAUAGAGAAUGGUGCGAUAAGAACAACGCAGGAGUUUCAAAGAGACGUGCUUCUUAUGCUCAACAACGCAAUCAUGUACAAUAAAACUAACGAUACGGUUUAUAAUAUGGCGAGACAAAUGCAACAAGAAUCCAUGCAACAGAUACAGAUUCUGUUGCAAGCGCAGUCGCAAGAUUUGCCAGUUAGGAGAGAAACUAGAACGAGCGAGCCAGGAUGUAAGAGGAAGAGGGGUACUGAGGAGAAUUCCAGGAGUAAAAAAAGGAAAGAUGACUAGCAUUACGUUUUGCGGUAUUCGGAUAAGUUGUUUGACUUUAGUGAUUUCUUUUAGUAAUAGUAUUAGUUUUAUUCAUGUUGAAGCAAAUAUGAACACUUUAUUACUGUAUAAUUAGAAUUUUUAAAUAAUACUGAUGUACAAUUCUUGCAACUCAUGAGCAAACACAUUAAUGGAUGUCUUUAAUAAAUAUAAACGAUUUAUGUAACCGCCGGUGUGUAAAUAUUUUUUAUAUUAUGUAAUAAAUACUUAAAC